AAUUGAGCACAGGGGCAUGGAAGGGGCUUCUGCAGGCUUGGAGGUGCGGAGGGCGUCUCUCCGUAGAAGUUUCGCAAGGAGAGCGAGCAACCUGGCUAUGAAAUAGGAAGAGGUAGAAGAUGGGGCGGUUUCCCUUGUGUUCUAGGUGACUUUAACGCCGGGUUGCCAUGAAGUCCCGAGGGAGAUAAAGGGACAGUAGUGGGAUUUCUUCCCACUCCUCCAAAAAAAAAUCAAACAAUUGCCUAAUGGGAUUACCUCUUAUACCGACAUCAUGGGAAGCUGCUGCAGUUGUCUGUGCAGGGAUAGCGUCCCAGACAACCAUCCCACCAAAUUUAAGGUAACGAACGUGGACGAUGAAGGUAACGAGCUGGGAUCUGGGAUUAUGGAACUGACGCAGACGGAGCUCAUCUUGCACACUCACAAGCGAGAUGCUGUCAGGUGGCCCUACCUCUGCUUGCGCCGCUAUGGCUAUGACUCCAACCUCUUUUCCUUUGAGAGUGGACGUCGCUGCCAGACAGGGCAGGGGAUUUUUGCGUUCAAGUGUUCCAGAGCAGAGGAGAUCUUUAAUUUGCUUCAGGACCUGAUGCAAUGUAACAGUAUCAACGUAGUAGAAGAGCCCGUUGUCAUCACCAGGAACAGUCACCCCACGGAGCGGGAGCUUUCCCGGACUCCCCAGGCACCCAACAGUCUGGGGUACACUGUCCCAGGAUUUCCCAAUGGAUUUCACAGCUUCCCUGCAGAGACCUUAUCUUACUGCACAGCUCGCCCCCCCUCUGUGAGCAGCCUGAGGCAUUCUUCUGUGGGUGAAGACUCUACUCAUGCCCUCAUUGGGCCUGAUGAGCAGUCCCACACCUACGUGAACACAGCCAAUGGUGAUCAGGAGCUGAGGGGCCGACAUUGUAUGCACACCUUGCCUGAAGUCCACCCUCCUUUCCCACAUAGGAACCACAGCUGCUCUCUAGAAGACCGUGAUCCCCAGGUCUUUCUGCAGCCAGGGGAGGUUAAGUUUGUGUUAGGUCCCACAUCUACCUACAGGCACAAGGUGAAACGAGAUAGCGUCUGUCGGCACCACCGGGAGUGCAGGACACACUUCUGUGCCCCCAACAACAACAACGAGUGUGAGGAUGAGUGUCCUUCACCCCAGUGCAUCUAUGAGAAUGUCAACGGCUUACUGACCCCCAGCAGCACAUCUCUCCGCCGAGGUGGGCGCUUGAAACUCAUCCGGGAGGACCUGGGCUUAACCAGCUGCUCCCAUCGCAGAACAGCUUUGCUGCACUACGAGAACUUGCCAUCGCUGCCCCCAGUGUGGGAGUGCCAGCCUGUCCGGCGGGGGGAGGAGGACACGGACGCUGGGGAUGGGCUGACACCUUCCCCCAAUGGCUACCCUGAGGCUGGUGAAGACGAUCCUCUGCAGAACUACAUGAACUCAGAAAACACCGCGCUGCACGGGGGCAGUGGCCUGCGGCGCAGUGGCUUCCUGCCAAAGCCUCGUCGCAACUGCGUGUCCAGCGUCUUCAACUUCGACUUCCCCCGGCCCUGUCCAGAGCAGCCGCGGCAGCUCAAUUACAUCCAGGUGGAGCUGGAGGCUGAGCCCCACAAAGGACAUCAGAACCUGCCGGUCCCCCAUGCCCCACCUCCUGCCACCCACGAAGCCCGCCGGACGGACUCCUAUGCGGUCAUUGACCUAAAAAAGACAGCAGCCAUGUCCAAUUUGCAAAGGGCCUUGCCAAGAGAUGAUGGGACUUCAAGGAAAACUCGACAUAACAGCACUGACCUGCCUCUCUAAAGGGGAGUGCCAAGUGCAAGCACUGUGUUGUGGCUUCGGUAUCUGCCCUUCAGUGUAUUGCCCGGUGUGACUUCCAUUUGCCAUUGCCUUCUGCUUUCCUGUUUACCCCAUUACCUGGUGUCAUGGGAUGGCUCCUACAGCUGAUGUUAAGGCUAGUCUGUUUGUCAGUCUUCCCCUCUCCACUCUUCCUGUGCAGUUUGUUUUUUAAAGCCUUGUAGGACUUUUGAAGACACUGUUUGGGGGUUAAAUUUAUCUUUCUGGAGAGAGGGGCAGAAGGUGCCAGCAAUAGAACUGGCACUGUGUGGAUGCAACCUUGAAUACUGCUUUCCUGGCAGCUCCUUGAGUGGUGCCAACAGCCUGGCAAGGCAGUAGCGUGGUGGAGGAGUGUUCCUGAAAGCAAGUUGCUUUAGGAGCUUGACUGCAAAUUGAGCCCAUUUCUUGGGGAUUUCAUGCCUUGUGACUCCUGGUGAGCUCCAGGAGAAGCAGCUUCUGUGGUGGGAUCAUUCCAAAGUCUGGUUUUUCCCUUGUGGUUUCUCUGGUCCCUGAUGACAUGGGAGCUCAUGGUGCAGUCUUUCUCCCUCUCAAGUCGCUACUACUUUCUCCCUUCUGCUCUGUUGCCUAUUUUCCUGAAGCUCAUAGAAGUCUUUGAUUCUUCUGUCCCUUUCUCAGAUUUGAUUGGAAUUGGGCAUCUCCAGAAAUUGACAGAGGAGGACAGACAGACAUGGGCACAGACACUGUGAUCACAUAAACCUGCUUUCCCAAGGGGACCCUGCUCAAACAGAGGAUGGGAAGACUGCGAAUAUGAGAGAAGUUUGAGGCUUGGUUUAGAAAUCUUCACUUGUAUGUUACCUGUUUUGGUUUUUAAAGGUUCUUUUUGGUGGCUGUUCAUAAGUGCUGUUGAUUUAUUGUUUUAUUUAUUUGUUUACUUUAUAUUUAUUUAUUUAUUUAUUUAAUGCUCUUUUGUAUCGCAUUGAUAAUUGCGAAAGCUGGUGCCUGUAUGAAAUAUGUCCUCUCAGCGGCUCACAACCUUUGUCGGGGAACAGAUCUUAGAAUGGAGUUUGUGCCUUUAUCAAGCUGCAAAGGGGAAAAAGAGCAGCUCUGAAUAAAAAACUUGAUAACUGGGGCUCACUGUUGCAGAGUGGGUGGGAAAUGGUACGGGAGACGAGUGGUUGUGAGCAUAGUUGCAAGGCAGCCAAACUCGUAGUCACAUCAGAGUUGUUGCCUACACCCACGUGCCUGGCUGAGCCCACGCGAAAUAUUUGAUCAGUGUUUUGAUUGAAUGCGCAGUUUGUUUCCUACAACUACAGGCUUGGAAGGGCUAAAUUAGGCUCUUGGGUAAAUCUGUGGCCUUUGAUGUGGGUUUAUCUAUUGACACGAGGGCUGAAUACAAGCUGAGCUGUCAGGCCUACAUGUGAGGUGCUAGGUAGGGUCUCUGCUUCUCUCCCGUUGCAGGAUGUUCCACCGCCACUCUGUGCAUGGUGAAAUGCUGCAGCCUAAUCCCUUCCUGGAUUACUCUUUGCCAUUGUCAGAUGUUUCUAUGAGACAGAAGUGCUGUAGUUUUGGAAGCCCACCUUUUUGCUGUCCGUGUUCUUCACCUUCCUCCCUGGAGUACGAGUUGAGGAAUCCAGUGCUCUGAGUUGUCCCACUCCUGGCAGAAAGGUUGCCAAGCCUUGCUGUGUCCUCUUUGUUCCUAAUUCGCAGUCGGAGAUCCUCUCGGAUGACAGAGGAGAGAACCUGAUCAUCUAGUUGUAACCUGAUUCUGAGGUCCAGAAACUUGAUUUCCAGAUUUUUGAAGUGCUACGAGUGUCAUAUCGGAAUGCGACCUUUCUGGGAGCAGGGACAUGUGCUGAACAGUUAAGAAAAGUGAUAAAAGUAUAAGUAAUACCAUGCCUGAGUCUGCAGAGCACCAAUUUCUUGACUUGCUGUUUAUUGCAGUGUAAAUUCAAAGUGUACCACAUACUGAAAUUCAGUGAUUUUUCUUUUUUUGGAGAAGUCCUUGCGCUUGUCUCCAAUGAGAAUGUCGUCUUUUCUCCACCCCAACCAUUAUGCAUUUUGUAACGGAAAGGAAACCUGAGUAAUAUAUUUUUAUAUGUAUGCCAAAUAACUUUAUUUGAAGGAAAAAAAGACAAGUAAUGCAUCCCCCUAAAUCUAGGUUUCAUUUAGGGAAGUGAGAGAAGAAAUUGUUUAUUUAAAAAAAGAAAAGUGAACUGUAUUAAACUCUAAGGAAGCUAUUUAAAUAAAGAGUUUAUAAGCUCUAAGUAUCACCCUCUGGGACAGCACUAGGAACCCUGACAUGACAGCAAGGGGCUGGGCUCUGGGAGCCUCCAUAUGAACCUGCCUUUCCGGUGUCACUGCCUGAGCUGAGAAAUGCAAAAUAUUUAUUCCCUUCUUCCCCCUAGGAAGGAAAAAAAGGAUGAAAUGUUUGAUGUUUACAUGGAGCAAGAUGUCAGGGCUCUUUCCCACCCACAUGGAAGAGGUGUUUUGCCACGUUUGCAGGUCGGUUAAAUGCAAGGGAAGCCACUGCUGGAUGACUGUUUAGCUGUCCUGGGAGAAGGUGGGAGAGCCCUGGGGCUGCCUGUUCUCUUGGUGUCACUGGCUGCUCCCUGUGGGGACGGGUGGCCCCUCUGGCUGGCUGCAGGUCUCCAGUGGGGUGAGGCUGGUGUGAGGGUCUGUAGCUGUCGGGAACUUGGGGUUGGGACAGCACAGCUGGAUUGCUGGUUUUUCCUCUCUGCAGGCCUCGCAGAGGCUGGGCUUCCCACUUGUGUCCCAGGGGAAUCCUAUUUAGGUGGCUCUAAAUUAGCGUUGGAUUUGGGAAAGCUGGCCGUGACUGUUCAAACCACUGUCUUUCGUGUCCCCUGGACAACUUAUGUUGCCUGGCUCCUGCCUCCCUUUCCUCUUCCGUGAAGCUAAUGCUCCCCUACCUCACAAGGAGAUAGAAAGCAGUAGUGACAAGGAGACCGCUGUGAAAUAGCUGUGUGUAUACAUAGCAGAUAUGUUACCACUAUUCCCUUAGGACAUUCUUUAUUCUGUUUAUAGGGGUGCAUGCUGUACCUAUUCAAAAAAGGAGAAAAAGAAUUAAAUUUUCUCAUCUGUAAGGUCAAAGGAGGGCCUGUGUUGGCUGCUUCUGUGUUUACUGUUUUCAGUGAAGAGUAGCCUGGCUGUCAUCUUGCUUCACUGUCCUCUGCUUUGCUUUGUGUUCUCCCUUGGGGCCUUGAGUAGGGGGAGCAGCAUUGCUGGCUUGGCAGGCUUUGCUCAUGUGAUAUUGCAAGGCCAGAAAGCUUAGGGGGUGUAAAGCUGGUCACAGCUAUUUGUUUGCAUUGGGUUGGUUUUGAUUAAUGGUAAAGUAAUGAAAUGGGAGACUUCAUGCAGGGAACCACUUGUCGUUUAUGGCUUUCGCAGGGCACACCGUGUUCAUGUGCCAGUGCUUUUCUUUUUCAUUUUUGUGGAUGACUUCACAAGAGCAAGAGCCUCAUUAAGUGACUAGGAUCCUUUCACAACUUCUUGAUGCUCAGUUUCACAAGUGACAUGCAAACGGAAGAAAAGUCUGGAGUUGUGUUUGAACUCUGAGGUGGUAGUUCUUGGAGCACCAGGGACAGAAAUGCCAUUAUCUUGGAUUUGUCCCUAAUAUUAAAACCUGAGUGGUGCUCUCCAGUCUCACAGCUUCCUCUAGUGGUCAGACUUGAAACAGUUUCGAGAGAAGAAAUCAGUGGCAGGUUGAAAAGGCUGAGUUGAAUUAAUAUUUUCUCAUUCCUUCAGUUCCCUCCUCUUUGAUUUGGGUAACGGGCAGUAGGAACAGUGAUUCCUACUGCUAAUUCUUUGGAGUCUUUCCCUGAUACUAUUUUCUUUUGAUUGAAAAUCAUGUUUAUGAAGUAUGUUGUAUUUUUAUGGCACUUUGCAAAGAUUGCUCUCCUCUUUCAUAUCUCUACUUAAUUUACUUUUUGUGGGGCCCAAUUCAGCCCAAGGGGUAACGUCAUGAAAUUUAGUAGAGGCACAGCCGUGACAGAUUGGCUAUUUAAGAGAAUAUUCCGUCAGGUGGCUAGAAUUCAUUUUACUGUCACAUAAUUCUGCCUUUGUCUCCAUGUAAUGGUUUUCUUUCUUACAGAUGUUGCUUUGAGCCUUACAUGCAAGUAUGCUGGUCUUUCCCAAUGGAUGCAUACUAAUUAUGUGUGUGCAUGCUUACUUCUUGGAUGAGGAACUAGAUUAGGGGUAAGCAUUGACUCCCAUUAUCUCCUUCAACCGCGAUAUGCCCCACACAACGAAGAUGACCUCAGCAGAGCAGAAUACCUCACCCUUUGCGGUCACAUCUAUAAAUCUGGUUGUGAGUGUGAGAGAUUCCUCCAGGGCUCUGUGCAUCUAACUGAUGCCACGCAGUUGACUAGGAGGAAAUGAAUGUGCAAAUGUAUGUCUGAAACCCUUUUCUCUGGAGUUAGUCCCUGAAGCUGAACUGCAGCCAUGAGAUCUGUUACUUUCCCAAGCCUGGUUCUGCAAGGCAGAUGGCUCACACUGGUGUUGCCCCCUGUGCUGACCUGAUCUGCCUAUGAAUGGUAACUUGGAAGAAGGAGCUGUGUUCAGCUGUUGUGUUGGCUGAGGCUUUCUUUGGUUUGUAAGGAAAGCUCUGGGCAGUGACAUGAAGCCAGCCUGGAUAGCGGUGAGGACCUGGCAGUAUGGGCCUAACUGCCAGGUUAUGUACCUGGCUGCUUAGCAGGUUUGUGUGGCCCCGCUAGAGCCUCUGUUGCAUCUUUGCUGGUCUCCUUUCCCCUGCUUGCAAGAUUGAAGCUCAAGGGAUGUCUUGGUGAGCAGCUGUGUGCUGUGCAGAGAGAAUUUGACUUAACUUCUUUAAGUGGUUCUUAUUUUUGAAUUAAUCAACUGGACUUUUUCCUCUGAUAGUUCUUCCCUGGUGAUUGCAUCAAUAGAUCUUUUACCAGUUCCUUUUCCUUUACCAGUUCCUAUCCCUCUUACUAGGGAUCUAGCAUUUCCUGGCUCUCAGUUGUUCCUUAUUGUGGAAGGAGUUUUGUUUUGUUUUUUUUCUUUCAUCCCACUCUAUAUGCCUGCUUUUUCUCCUAGGAAAAGGAGAUUUGAGUGUUUGUGAGCUGUACCUGCCUUACAGGGAGAGGAUGGCAAAGGAGAGGUGAGGUUUAAAGGAUUGAUAUUUUUGCAAAGAGGUUUGAAUGUGUUAUUUGUUACCGAAGUACUAAGUGUUAUUUUUAUUACCUAAGCCAUGCUGCUCACUGGGAGAAAAAACAAACCCAGCUUCAGCUGUUGCUGUCUUUAUUUCCAGUGAGAAAUGACUGACUAAAUACCUCUGAUCCCCAGACUCCUGUCUCGAGCUAUCAGGGCCGCUACCUGCGUGUUCGUGCCUCUCGUUGGGAGGUGCAUGUGGUCCCGUGGCCGGCAGGGAGGUGCUGCUCCAGCUCUCGCUCAUGCUCUCGACCUCUGAUCCUGCUCUGGCUCGGGCCUGCGUGCUCUGCGGCUGUGGGCAGAGCGUGUCCUGUCCCUGUGUCUCCGUUUCACCAUGGCAAAAUGGGGAGGAUGAUAUUGACCUUGCUAUGAUGCUUUUCCAAUGUGUGGGUGAGUGUGCUGUGUCAGGGCUCAGCAGUACUGCUCUAAGCUCUCUUAGCUGUUUUCUCCCAGUCUGCUCUCUGUCCCUCCAUGUAAUGCUACUCAGCCCUCUCUGCUGGUGUCUUCCCUGUGAAGUAUCAUUAAUGAGUGAUCAUUAAUGAAUGCAUUGCCUCAUAGUAAUCCAAAUAACAGCUUCUGCGGGGUCGUGCAGCCAGUCCUUGUGGGGAGCUUGUUUUUUGACCAAGCUAGGCUCAUCUUGAAAUGCCAUGCACAGGUAGCAGAGCAGGUUUAGACUCCUGUUGCUGAACAGGACGAAAGGUGAAUACAUUAGGGGAAAUCUUGAAAGCUUUGAAGUUGGCACUUACAGGCCAGGGCAUAGAAAAGGCUGAUUUUAAAGAAGGGACCUAAUUUGUUUUUCCUCCAUGAGCAAAUGUGAUUUUAAAGUUGGAAGGCCCAGAUGCAUCUGUGUAAUCUCAAGCUCUACUCCCAUGUGAUUCUCCUUGUUACUCGUACUGGUGUCUUUGAUACUGAGCAUUUCUGAUGUGGCAGAAAAACAAAGGUGCUUCGGGGCUCUGGCCACUGGGGAUUCAGAGUUGCUCUGACCAUAGAGGUUGAUCUUGCUGUGUAAUUGCUUCUUCAGGUUGUUUCUAUGGAUAUGCAUUCAGCCUCUCUUUAUAUGUCAUCCGGGUGUAACCUUAAAGGCGAAGAACAAUAGCAGUGCUAUGUUACCUGAGGAGUGCUCAUGUCUUACAUUAACGUGCACUAUGAAUGUAUACAGAAUAAAUGGAAUAUGAUGA